AUGCCUGCGGAGGUCAUCAACCUGCUGUCUAGUCCCUCUCUAGGGCCGUCGCCAAUCCAGCCCGCCCCUCGACCAGCACAACAAGCGGUAGCGACCGUGGCAACUGCGCUCGACUACGACGAUGAUGUGUUCGAUCUGACGGCAGACUCUCCGGAGUUGAUUCCAGAAUCAGCAGAGAAGCCGACUGCCCGAUCCGAACAACCAUCAAAACCCACCUACUCCCCUAGAAGCGUAUCCGGUGCAAAGCGACCACGGGACGAGCAACCUGUCAACGAUGCGCCGGUCUACUACAUGUCAGAUGACUUCGACACGACGAUCGAUCUCGACAGCAGUCUACCCCUUAAGAAGGUGCCAGACUCUGAUACUAGGGAAACCAAGAGACUGCGUCUUUCGCCAAUUGGAGGCGGAGCCGGUCGCACGUUCGACAGGUCGCAUUCUGUUGCCGAUCAGCCCAGCCGACCGCCUGUAAAGCAAUCUGGCGGUUUCCGGCGAGCCCAGACUUUGGAUGAUCCGAUCGAUUUCUCCAGCUCACCCGGACUUCCGCGCCCCGCGACGAGCAAUGUGGCAGCGGGAAAGAUUUCUAAGACAAUCGAGUCCGAUGACCCAUUCGCUUCGUCACCUCCUUCGGCGCAGCCAGCACCAAGACAGCAGAGCUUCAAUGAAGGCGCAACCAAGGCUCCAUCCCCGAAGAAAGACCGUAUAGACUACGAUCUUACCUCCGAUGACCCCUUCGCAAGCUCACCUCGACCGCCACCGAAACCCCCCGCAGAGCCAGACACGAUUUUGUUAGACGACGACGACAGCGAUGACGGUAUUUUUGCAAAGCCCCCGCGACGGGCAGCAGCUUCAAUCGCAAACCCACGAUCUCCAAAACCCACAAGCAGGUCGCUAGACAAAGGAAAGCAGAGGGCAGAAUCGCCAAAGAGGAGGGCCGACUGGGAUCCAAUAUCCAGCUCCGCGCCGGAACGACACGUCCCAAGCGACCCGUUCUCCUCGCCACCGCCACGAAGGACGUUCACCAAGUCCGUCAGCGAAAUUAUUGACCUGAGCGAUGACGAGCCGGCACCAAGGACCGUCAACCCCGACUCGGACGAUGACUUCCCAGAUCUCGAUAACUUCGAUGCUAGGAGGCUGAAGGACCGAGUCGAGACGAAGAAGACGAGUUACAAGGCCUCAUCGACGAAGAGCAAGUGCACCAGUGCUCGGACUACAACCAAGAAGUCGGCCGACGAUCGGGCAAGGGAUAAAGAAGCAAAGGCAGCGGAGCGGGAGCGAGAGAAGGACCGCAAGAGGCAAGAGAAGGAGGCUGCAAAGGAGCAGAAGGCCAAGGAAAAAGAGCGCGCCGCUGCGCUGGCAGAGGUCAACAAGAUCAGGACCGACAAGAAGGUCUCGACACCGGAGAUGAUUGCAGAUCUCCCUUCAAGUCUUCCCGCUGCCGUUACCCUUCAGAUCCAGACGCUACUCAAGGAUCUCGACGUCCAGCAUGAGGCCUGGGAUAGCCCCGUGGAUAACGUCGUCAAGUGGAGAAGAAAGGUAGCCAGCCGCUUUAACGAAGAGCUGGGACACUGGGAGCCGAUGCCGAUGCACAUUGAAGACGACAAGUUCGCGCUGGUCAUUGUGAACGCGUCCGAGUUCGUCACAUACGCACUUGGCCCCGAAGGCAACAACCUCGAAGCUCACGUGUUGAGGAUGAAGCGCCAUUUCCCGACGCAGCAGCUCAUUUACCUGAUCGAGGGUCUAACGCCAUGGAUGCGCAAGAACCGCAAUGUCCGCAAUCGACAAUUUGCUUCUGCCGUACGCAAUGAGGAACCAGCUGAAUCCUCGACAAGUGCCCCAUCGCGGCGCCGCAAGAACCAGCAGCCGCGGGAGUACAUCGACGAGGAUACGAUUGAAGACGCCCUGCUGGAGCUGCAGGUGAUGCAUAAUGUGCUCAUCCACCACACGUCCGCGGCCGUCGAGACUGCGCAAUGGGUUGCUAUCUUCACCCAGCAUAUCUCGACCGUACCCUACCGCAAGCAGCGCGAGGCAGCCAACGCUGCUGGGGCGGGCUUCUGCAUGGAGACUGGCCAGGUACGCACGGGAGAAGACAUCAAGGACACCUAUGUGCGGAUGCUGCAGGAGAUUGUGCGCGUCACGGCUCCCAUUGCAUGGGGCAUCGCCACUAAGUUUGAGACGGUGCCGAAGCUUGUGAAGGGGUUGGAGGAGGGCGGGCCGCUGGUUCUUGAGAACAUCAGAAAGAGCACAAACAAGGACGGUGGGUUCUCUGACAGGGCCGUGGGGAAGUCCGUCAGCAAGAGGGUGCACAAGGUCUUUACUGGGCGGGAUGAAUGGAGUACCGAUGUGUAG